AUGUCGAUCAUCGGCCAAGCUGGAUCCCGGAUUACUACUCUUGUUUCUGCUGUCUGCAACGUCAACAACAACAACUCACAUGGCCAAAACCAUCACCACCACCACCCAACAACUUAUCAUAGAAAUAAAGCAUGCAGAAGCAACAUCCAUAUGGAGAAGCUGAUAAAGGAAACCAAGCAAGUCCUCUACAAAAUGACAUCAGAAGACCAACGAGAUCAAAGUCUGGUCAUGAUCGACGCCCUCCAACGCCUGGGAAUCGAUUACCAUUUCCACGACGAAAUUCAAAGCAUUCUUAGCAACCAUGAUGCGUUUAAGGAAUUUAAGAACAACAAAGACGGAAGUUUUAAGAAGGAAUUGAUAGUUGAUAUCAAAGGACUUAUGGGUUUAUACGAGGCAUCACAGUUGAAUAUGGGCUGGGAAGAUUCGGUUCUCGACGAGGCCGAGGAAUUCAGUUCUCGGUUCUUGAAAUCAUGGAUGCCUAAUCUUUAUGAUCAUAGGGAAGUAAGAUUGGUUGAAAACACUUUAAAAUACCCUUACCACAAGAGCUUGGCUAGGUUUAUGGCCAAUGAUUUCCUUAAGGAUUUCAAUGGCUUUAAAGGAUCAUGGGAAAAUAUUGUUACGGAACUUGCAAGGCUUGAUUCUGAUAUGAUCCAGACUUUGCAUCAAAAGGAAGUUGUUCAAGUCUCCAAAUGGUGGAAUGACAAAGGUCUGGCGAGGGAAUUGAACUUUGCUAGGGACCAACCUGCUAAAUGGUAUUUAUGGUCGAUGGCAGCCAUUACAGAUCCUAAAUUUUCUGAGGAGAGAGUUGAACUAACAAAGGCAAUCUCCUUUAUCUACCUCAUAGAUGAUAUCUUUGAUGUUUAUGGGUCACUAGAUCAACUCACUCUCUUUGCAAAAGCCAUCGAACGAUGGGACUUUAGAAUGGUAGAGCAAUUACCAGAAUGCAUGAAGAUUUGCUUUAGGGCUCUCGAUGAAGUCACCAAUGAAUUUUCCAAAAAAGUAAUGAAUCAACGAGGUUUUAACCCUGUCCACAUUAUUCGGAAGUCGUGGUCGAGUCUAUGCAAUGCAUUUUUAAUAGAAUCGAGAUGGUUUGCUUCAGGGAACUUACCUAACGCUGAAGAUUACUUGAAGAAUGGGAUUAUCAGUUCUGGCAUGCCUCUCACAUUACUUCACAUGUUCUUUCUUCUUGAAACCAAUAUCAACUCAACAAUGGCAGCUAAUGAUAUGUUGAAUGAUUCUCCCUUGAUUUUCUCUUCAAUUUCCACUAUUCUUCGUCUCAGCGACGAUUUAGGAUGCAACAAGGACGAGAAUCAAGACGGCGAAGAUGGAUCGUAUGUGGAUUGCAUCAUGAAAGAUCAGAAAGGAUGUUCAGAAGAGAUGGUUAGGAAUCGUGUAAUGAUGAUGAUUUCGGAUGAAUGGAAACGCAUUAACCGCGAAUGCCUUAUCUAUUCGCAGCAUUUCUCGCCAAUCUUUAUGAAAUCUUGUGUGAAUUUUGCGAGAAUGAUUGAUAACUAUUACUUUUUGAUUGCGGAGAAUACUCCUUAUGACCUUAUAUGGGAUAAGUUGUGGUACUCUAUGUUCUUAUUGAAGAUUUCGUUCUUUAGAUAG